UCUUUUCUAUGUACACACAUACUUAGUUUUCGCUGGAAAAUAUUUAGUAAUUUUCGUGUAUUUAAGUGCGAGAAAAUAAAUAAACCCUGCUUUUAAGCAGACUAAAUUCCUAUUGACGCGGUGUGGUGUAAAUCGCCUAAAUCACCAAGAUGAGUUACAUGCCAGCCCAGAACCGUACAAUGUCCCAUAACAAUCAAUACAAUCCGCCGGAUUUGCCGCCCAUGGUGUCCGCCAAGGAGCAGACACUGAUGUGGCAACAGAACUCGUAUUUGGGUGACUCCGGCAUACACUCGGGCGCCGUCACCCAGGUGCCAUCGCUCUCCGGCAAGGAGGAUGAGGAGAUGGAGGGAGAUCCGCUUAUGUUCGAUCUGGACACCGGAUUUCCGCAAAACUUUACACAGGAUCAGGUGGACGAUAUGAAUCAACAGCUGAGCCAGACGCGGUCGCAGCGUGUACGCGCCGCCAUGUUCCCGGAGACGCUCGAGGAGGGCAUCGAGAUACCAUCAACACAGUUUGAUCCACAGCAGCCAACCGCUGUGCAGCGCCUCUCGGAGCCGUCGCAGAUGCUGAAGCAUGCCGUCGUCAAUUUGAUCAACUAUCAGGACGACGCUGAGCUGGCCACGCGCGCCAUACCGGAGCUGAUCAAGCUGUUGAACGACGAGGAUCAGGUGGUCGUCUCGCAGGCAGCCAUGAUGGUGCAUCAGCUGUCCAAGAAGGAGGCCUCGCGCCACGCCAUCAUGAACAGUCCCCAGAUGGUGGCCGCCCUUGUGCGCGCCAUCUCGAAUAGCAACGAUCUGGAGAGCACCAAGGCAGCGGUCGGCACACUCCACAAUUUGUCCCAUCAUCGCCAGGGCCUGUUGGCCAUCUUCAAGAGCGGCGGCAUACCCGCUCUCGUCAAGCUGCUCUCCUCGCCCGUGGAGAGCGUGCUCUUCUAUGCGAUCACCACGCUGCACAAUCUUCUGCUGCACCAGGACGGCUCCAAGAUGGCCGUCCGCCUGGCCGGCGGCCUCCAGAAGAUGGUGACGCUCUUGCAGCGCAACAAUGUCAAGUUCUUGGCCAUUGUCACCGAUUGUCUGCAGAUUCUGGCCUACGGCAACCAGGAGAGCAAGCUGAUCAUUCUCGCUUCCGGCGGACCCAAUGAGCUGGUCCGCAUCAUGCGCUCCUAUGACUACGAGAAGCUCUUGUGGACCACAUCGCGUGUGCUCAAGGUGCUCUCGGUGUGCUCCAGCAACAAGCCGGCCAUCGUCGAUGCUGGCGGCAUGCAGGCCUUGGCCAUGCACUUGGGCAACAUGUCGCCGCGUCUGGUCCAGAACUGUCUUUGGACGCUGCGCAAUCUGUCGGAUGCGGCCACCAAGGUGGAGGGAUUGGAGGCGCUGCUGCAGUCGCUCGUCCAGGUCCUGGGCUCAACGGAUGUCAAUGUGGUCACCUGUGCCGCUGGCAUUCUCUCGAAUUUGACGUGCAACAAUCAGCGCAACAAGGCGACCGUUUGCCAGGUGGGCGGCGUCGAUGCGCUCGUUCGCACCAUCAUCAAUGCCGGCGAUCGCGAGGAGAUCACCGAGCCGGCCGUCUGUGCUCUGCGUCACCUGACCUCGCGCCAUGUCGACUCGGAGCUCGCCCAGAAUGCGGUGCGUCUCAAUUAUGGUUUGUCUGUAAUUGUGAAGCUAUUGCAUCCUCCAUCACGCUGGCCCCUGAUCAAGGCCGUCAUCGGGCUCAUUCGGAAUCUGGCCCUCUGCCCGGCCAAUCAUGCGCCGUUGCGGGAGCACGGCGCCAUCCAUCAUCUGGUGCGUCUCCUGAUGCGCGCAUUCCAGGACACAGAGCGUCAACGUUCGUCUAUUGCCACCACUGGGUCGCAGCAGCCAUCCGCGUACGCCGAUGGCGUUCGCAUGGAGGAGAUUGUCGAGGGAACUGUGGGCGCCUUGCAUAUCCUGGCGCGCGAAUCGCACAAUCGCGCCCUAAUACGCCAACAGUCGGUCAUACCGAUCUUUGUGCGUUUGCUCUUCAACGAAAUCGAGAACAUUCAGCGCGUCGCUGCUGGCGUGCUCUGUGAGCUGGCCGCCGAUAAGGAGGGCGCCGAGAUCAUCGAACAGGAGGGCGCCACUGGGCCGCUCACCGAUCUGUUGCAUUCGCGCAACGAGGGCGUGGCCACCUACGCCGCCGCCGUGCUGUUCCGCAUGAGCGAGGACAAGCCGCAGGACUACAAGAAGCGUCUCUCCAUCGAGCUGACCAACUCGCUGCUCCGCGAGGAGAACAACAUCUGGGCCAACGCUGACCUCGGCAUGGGUCCAGACUUACAGGAUAUGCUUGGACCCGAAGAAGCAUAUGAGGGCCUGUACGGACAAGGUCCGCCCAGUGUGCACAGUUCGCACGGAGGUCGCGCAUUCCAUCAGCAAGGAUAUGAUACUCUACCAAUAGAUUCAAUGCAAGGUCUCGAGAUCAGCAGUCCGGUAGGUGGUGGUGCUGGCGCUGCUGGCAAUGCUGCUGGCGGAGGCGGUGGCGCCGGUGGCCCUGCUCCGCCUGGUGGGGCACCCACAUCGCCCUACUCCAUGGAUAUGGAUGUCGGCGAGAUUGAUGCGGGCGCUUUGAACUUUGAUUUGGAUGCCAUGCCCACGCCACCCAAUGACAACAAUAACUUGGCUGCCUGGUACGAUACCGACUGUUAAGCACACAUGAUAAGCGGAUGAUGCAAGGAGAAGAAGAACACGACAACUAAGACGAAGACGACGACGAUGAUGACGAUUUCGACGGCGAUUAAGAAAGUCGUGCAAUUAAAAUACACACAUUACAUUAUAUAUUAACAUAAAGCAGAACAAACAUAUAUAACGUACGAAAUCUUACAUAUUACCCAUAUACACAAAAAA